AUGUCCCCCCGAGUCUACAACCACGAAGCCAUCGGCGAAUACUUCCGUAGCGGCGGCAACUCUAAGCUCAUCGAUACUCUAACUAAGCUGAACAAGAUCUACGCCAUUGCUUUCAUCGAUGACCCACCCGAAGAUGGAACUCGCGAAGUUCAGAUCAAGCUUCUUACGAAUCUCCUAUCUUCCUUGAUGGGGCCGAAGUACAACAACACUGUCAACGUAGACUAUAGCGAAUUCCGAACCAAGAAGGAUUUCAUCGCGGCUGCUGCGAAUGAGUAUCUGGAGGGCAAGAGCAAGGGAAAGAAGAAGAUUGUGCGGUUCGAGCCUCAGGAAGUGGCAGACACUAGAAGCCAGGAAGAGGAGGAAGUGCAGGAACAAGAACAAGAGCAGGAGUAUACCUCUUCGGCCGACGAAGACGCCGAGAUGGCCGACGCCAACAUCGACGACAAUGAUGGAAGCAGCAGCAUGAUUUCUGAGGCCGAGGCCGAGCAGCGGAAGAGUGCGGCAGCUUUGAAGAAAGACUUGGAGAAGUGCGCAGCUAAGCUGAACGAGGUGAAGGCUGCAGAGCGCAAGCAGGAGCAGAGCGCCGCCGAGCUACAGAUUAAGCUGGAUAGUAUGCAGAGACGGGAGACGCAAGUAUUAGUGCGAGAAGAACAGAUCAUGAAGCAGACAACGGAUUUGUUCACGCAGCAGUACGAUGUGUCCAAGCGUGAGGAGGAGGUUGCCAAGCGAGAAGAGGAUGUGACGAAGCGUGAAGAUGGUGUCUUAAAGCGAGAAAACAAUAUAGCCUAUAAGAAGCUGAAGGAGAAAGAGGCUGCGCUAGAAGGGCGAGAAGACUUUCUAGCCAAGCGCGAGGAUGAGUUGGAGGCUCGCGAGGACAUUGCUUCAGGCUGCACUCUACAGAUCUACGACUUCCUGCUUCCUGUCCACGUUCAAGCUCGCCUUAAAGCUGUUCGGGAUUUCGGGACGGAGGAGAAGGAGAAGUCGAUGAAGCGUGAAGUUCAAGACCUUGCGACGGCUCAUCGUGAGGAGAUGCUCAAGAUUCUUCGUAGCGCUGAAGAUAAGCUGGACAAGGGCUUCCUAAUCGCGGCACACAAGCAGACCUCGGCCUUGUUGAAGGUCAUAGUGGGUGUCUUAGGUCAAGUCGACCCUGAUCCAGCUAUCCCAAUGACAUUCGUCAAGCCUACGAGAGAACGGAUACCAGUCUCGUUCAAGGCAUGA